UCUCUCGGUCCAGCAGCAGGUACACACCCUGGAAGGCACAAGUCGCUCACAUGGGGGAAAGAACCUGCAGGAAAGACGCUGCAGGAUGGCAGGGGGAUGUGUGGCACGGGAUGUGUGGGCAAAGGUCUGCCCGUGAGGCACGAAGAAGGAGGCUGAAGUGGAGCGGGUGGCCCUAGCAGCCAUCACCAGCCUGCUUUUCCUGCCGAGCCGGGAAGCUCGGCAGAGGCUCUGUGCAUGCAGCUCCUGCCGGACAAGCAGCAGGACGAGCGCAGGCACUGCAGCGCUUUCAGCGGGAGCGGCUCUCCUGCACCAUGGCGAGCAGCGCAGGGCACGGCAGGGCUGGGGGCUGCCGGGCUGGGUAGGCUGGCAGCCAGGGCUGCAGGCUGGGGCGUUCCUCGUCCCGGGCUCGCCUGCUCCCUGCCUUUCGCUUUCGCUUUCCUGCGGGGCUUGAAGCGCUCUCCCCGCGGCGCAGGGACCUGCACCACCCCGAACCAGCUCCAUCAGACCUGUCCUUUACUGCCUGCUGGGCAGCUGCCGGCAGCGCCGCUCCCAAUGCUCCCUCAAAGUCGCCUUGCGAAGAGUGUUUGAAGAGGAAGGCACAAGAAAGGAGAGGAGCCAGGAGCCUGGGGAUGCUGUGGAGGAGAGCACUGUCUGAGGCCCUGCUGGAGGUGGUGAGAGAGGGAGAAGGCAGCCACGCAGGGCAGGGUCGUUGCCCAUGGAGGAGACCAUCAUAACAGACUCCUCUCUGAGCAACUCGACUUACGAAUAUGUGGACUAUGGGGGAGCCAGCGAACACACCUGCUUUAUAGUACCUGAACUGAAGGCAAUUGCAGCUGUGUGCAUAGCAGUUUCUCUCUGUGGACUUGUGGGGAAUGGCUUAGUCCUGUGGUUCCUGGGCUGCUCCAUGAAGAGGAAUCGUUUCACCCUCUACACUGAAUCUCUAGCUGUUACUGACUUAUGCAUGCUCCUCCUGUGGUUUCUGCUCAUGUUGGCCGUUUUGAGCUUCUCUGUCAUUUGUUUGAAUGGUUUGAUUUCAUUUUACGUUCAGUUUGUGUACGAGGUUGUACUUCUGUCCCAGUACUUGGUCCUCACCAGCCUGUGUUUCCUGGCAGCAAUGAGCAUGGAGCAGAGCCUGGCUGUUUUUUUCCCAGCCUGGUGCCACUGCCAUCGCCCGAAGCACUGCUCUGGCAUUGUGUUUUGCAUGAUCUUGGCUCUCAAUGGACUAUUUUCUGUCACACCGUAUCUUAGCUCUACUGGCGAAAGAGCAUAUCCUGGAGUUGCCAUUGCCAUUUGCACUAUUUUAUCAUCACUGAUGUUGGUUUCCAGCCUGGCCCUCUUCAUCAAACUCCGAUGUGGCUCACAGAGACAAUACCCACGGAAACUGCAUGUUGCUGUCCUGAUCAGCAUGCUCCUCUUCUUUGUCUUUGGCAUUCCUUUCACUGUGGAGGAUUUCCUCUAUCUUCCACAUUCAUAUGCAUUAUUUCCAGAAAUGACAUCACUGACACCUUUCCUGCUGGCCUCACUGAACAGCUCCAUCAGACCUGUCCUUUACUUCCUGCUGGGCAGCUGCCGGCAGCGCCGCUCCCAAUGCUCCCUCAAAGUUGCCUUGCAAAGAGUGUUUGCAGAGGGAGUAAGGAGUGAGGAGAGGAGGCAGGAGCCUGGGGAUGCUGUGGAGGAGAGCAUUGUCUGAAGCCCUCCUGCUGGUGAGGAGGACUAGAGAUGUGGAGCCUGGCAGACAGGCUGUGUUCCCCACUGGAAUGCCCACCCCUGCCCUAGCCCCAGCCAAUAAAAUCUCUUUG